AUGCAUUGUCGUUGCACAUCUAAUUUAAAAAGAUUCUGGGAACUUGAAUCAGAUAUUCAACUACCCAAAGAAAAACUAUUCACUGAUGAAGAGAAAUUCUGUGAACAUCACUUUGAAACCAAUACCCGUAGAGAGAGUGACGGUAGAUAUAUUGUUCGCCUUCCACUUAAAGUUGAAGUUCCUCAAGUCACUUCUUCUCGAGAUAUCGCAGAAAAUCGUCUGAAAUCACUUGAACGUAAGUUAGAAAAAGAUAAAACACUAAGAGUAAAAUAUCAAGAAGUAAUUGAUGAGUACCUAAAAUUAAAUCAUAUGGAACUUAUAUCUACAGAAGAAAUCGAUAAUCCAAAGGCCAUUUACUUACCUCACCACGCUGUGGUUCGUGAUGACAAAGAAACCACGAAAGUGAGAAUAGUCUAUGAUGCGUCCUGCAAGGGCAAAAACAAUAUGUCACUAAAUGAUCAACUAGCAAUAGGACCUACUUUGCAGCCGGAACUACGGCACAUCAUAAUGCGUUGGAGGUCGGCCUCAAUUUGCAUGUCAGCCGAUAUUGUUAAGAUGUACCGUCAGGUGAAGACCGAUAAUCGUGAUAAUGAUUUCCAAAGAAUUCUGUGGAGAGAAAAUCCUAAUUCAGAAAUAAAACAUUACAAACUUACCCGUGUUACUUUCGGCACAGCUUCUGCUCCAUAUCUCGCAGUCAAGGCACUGCAGCAGGUAGCUCACGAUGAUGGUGCUGAUUAUCCAAUGGCGGCGGAAAGAAUACUGAAAUCUUUCUAUGUUGAUGACUUCCUGAGUGGUUUUGAAAAUGUCAAACAAGGAUACGAAAUCUUAACACAGAUGAAUGAACUACUAGGAAAGGCAAAAUUCAAACUUAAAUAA